UAUGGCCGCGAACAACAGCUGUUGAAAUUCUCUUCCGUUUUCUUCCUUUUCUCUCAGUUAACAUAAAGCUCUACAGUAUCAUCAACAUGGAAGAAACUCACCUACUAGUUCUCGGUCCAGAAGAAGCAGGGAAAACCUUGAUGCUCAAACGACUUCAGACCAUUACAUCUCAAAUGAACCUACCUCAAGCGCAAAGACAGCCAGACCUCGGCGAAGCACCGCCAACUAUCCCAACAGUGGGUGUAAAUCUUGUUAGUAUUAACCUUUACCGAAAGAAAUACACAUUUAGGGAGCUUGGUGGAGCGAUGGGGCCGAUUUGGAGCAAUUAUUUCAAAGAUGCUUCUAUGUUGAUGUACGUGAUCGAUGUUUCAAACMGAACUAAAGUAGCAGCUUCGUGCAUUCAACUCCUUGACGUCUUGUCAUCAAAACAGACUCAAACACUUCCCGUUGCAUUGAUAUUCAACAAGGUUGAUAACUCCGGUAGCAUGUCAAUAACMGAAUUGUUGUCGAUCUUAAGACUGARUGACGUGAUYYUAUGUGCUAGACAGGACAUMACUGUGAUUGAGACUAGCUUUAGAAAUGGCCAAGGAAUGGAUGAGAUAUUGAAGUGGUUGAAACUUAAAGCUGGGUCCAAGAAAAGAGGCUCAAUUGCUCCAUAAAACCUUAAAUUUUAUUUCAAAGAUAUGUCACGAUAGAUUUGUUGUUAUUAAAAACUAAACUAUAUUUAAUAGGUUGUCAUAGCAACUAUAUUAAUUAAUUAAAAMAUAUUAAUGUUGUUAGGAGAUAUGUUUCUUUGCUUGGUUCUCUUCUCCACUAUCUUUUUAUCAGAGAUGCCUAAAUCCAUAGCCAUCUGCCAUAUACUCUGUAGUCAAGAAUCGGCACAGUUGGUUUUGGUCUUUUAAAUAUUUUAAAAGAUAUUAUUUUAAACAGUUCAUAACGUCCUCAAGUACGGUAGGAUAAUAAAAUCAGCAGCAUUAAUUCACUGCAUAUGCUUGAGUGCAUUGAGUCCAAAUUACCCUUGAAUUAUGUGUCAACUAAUUUCCUGAAAAUGUAUCUACAUCAUCUUCUUUCUUUGCCAGAAUUAAAAUACUGUAUUUUCCAUCAA